AUGCACCAGAGAUCUUGUAAGACUUAUAAAUCACUAAAGCCUGACAUUUCCAAAGUUGAAACAGACGACGUCAGCGACAGCACGCAAACAACUUUCAAACACACAUCAACAACAGCUACCAUUUCAAAACCACUUCCAGGAAUAAAAAUGCCAAAAUCAUCAUCACAUUGGUCUGAAGCCAACGCAUUCUUCCAAAUGGAACUCAAACCCCUAGAUAUCAUCUCAGACAUUGACAGCUUUGCUACAAACUUUCAGGAGACAAUAUACUCCAACUGUGGUACGCUUGAAUUCAAAAACAGCCCAUAA